UAUUAAUGUCGACAAGUAAUGACGAAGUUGCAGCUUAUGUCGGGCAUUGAUUUCUGAAAACGAACAUCAUAUGACUUUGGAAUAAAAGAUCUGAUUACUUCUGAAGGUUUAUCAAAUUACUUCAGGGAGAGAAUUCAUCUAGAACUGUUUAUAUAAAUAUAUGGUGAAUUUACUAUGAAAUCUUGCCGCUGAAGAAUAACAAAAUUUCUCUACUUCAUCAUUUGUAAUGUGUAUUUGCUAAUUUUGCUUUUCAAUUAGACUUGAAUGAUACAGUGUCAAAGAUCACGUUUGAUGGAAAUGUGGCAGAUGUUGAGAAUAAAAUAUAAAAUGAAAAGAAAAAAACAUGUAAAUUGUGGUGAGAGAAGAAAUAUUAUGGAAAAUGUAUUAUGUGAGAAAUAAAUAUUCCUGAUGAUAUAAUGGAAGAGAAAGGGAAAAUAUACCCCUGUGAUACCUGUACAAAGUCCUUUUCUCAAAAAAGUCACCUGACUACUCACAAACGUAUUCAUAGAGGACAGAAAACCUAUCAGUGUGAUAUCUGUGAUAAAUUAUUUCCAAAAGAAAGUAUUUUAUUAACUCACAAACAAAUUCAUGCAGGAGAGAAGCUGUACCAGGGUAACAUCUGUGAUCAGUCAACCUCUCAAGAAAGUCAAUUAAUUAAGCAUGAGCACAUUCAUAAAGGAGAGAAACGAUAUCGCUGUGAAAUCUGUGGUAAAUUAUUCAGUCGAAGUAAUGGCUUAACUAUACACAUACGUAUUCAUACCGGAGAGAAACCCUAUCACUGUGAUAUCUAUGGUAAAUCAUUCUCUGAUAGAAGUAGUGUAACUCCUCACAAACGCGUUCAUACAGGGGAGAAGCCAUAUCACUGUGAUAUCUGUGGUCAAUCUUUCUCUCAUAAAGGUCACUUAAACGACCACAAACAUGUUCAUACUGGAGAGAAAACAUAUCACUGUGAUAAGUUAUUCUUUAAAAAUGAUCACCUAACUAGACACAAACGCAUUCAUUCAGGAGAGAAACCAUUUCACUGUGAUGUCUGUGGUAAAUCAUUUUCUCCAAAUGAUCAUUUGACUACACACAAAAGCAUACACACAGAAGAGAGACCAUACCCCUGUGAUGUCUGUGAUAAAUCAUUUUCUGCAGGAAGUCACUUAACUAUACACAAACGCAUUCAUACAGGGGAGAAACCCUAUCGCUGUGAUAUCUGUGGUAAAUCAUUCUCUGUCAGUAGUCCCUUAACUAAACACAAACGCAUUCAUACAGGAGAAAAACCACAUCGCUAUGAUAUCUGUGGGAAGUCAUUUUCUCAAAAACAUCGUUUAACUACACAUUUAUGUAUUUAUACUGAACGGUAACUGAAUUGAUGUCAAAAGUUUUAUGAAAAAAUAUCACCAUCAUCGUUUAACGUCCGUUUUCCAUGCUGACAUGGGUUGGACAGUUCGACUGGGGUCUGGGAAGCCAGGAGGCUGCACCAGGCCCCAAUCUGAUCUGGCUGUGUUUCUACAGCUGGAUGCCCUUCCUAAUGCCAACAUGUGUAACCAUAAUAUAUGUAUACACACAGGAAAGGAUAACACUCCAAUAACAAUCUUAUCACAACUAUUUCUAAACUGGUUAGAUAACUGACCACUAUGAUAUAUUUGAUUGGAGCAUUCUCAUAUAUAUAUAUAUAUAUAUAUAUAUAUAUAUAUAUAUAUACACACACACACACACACACACAUCUUGGUGUUAUUAUUAUACUAAGUCCAACGAAAUGACUUGGGAAAUUUCAUUUAAAAUUAUGUAGUUUUACAUGAAUUUUUUUAUUUCUAUAACCCAUUAUAUUGAUGAUUGACCUAAUAAUUCUAGCAAUUUUCAAGACAGUUGCAACUGAUUAAUAAAGGUAAUGAUGUAAUCUGCA